AUGUCGACAUCAAAGCGCAUUAUUCAAACACUAAUCGCAGGAACAACCAUUGUUGGAAUCGGGUACGCGGUUAUGAAGCUAGCGACUCCUAAUCCAGAGGACGUAUACAAGAAAUUUUCGCCCGAGACAAAGAGAGACUAUGAAGCCAAUAAAGAAGUGAUACAUGAAAGGAACGUAAAGCUGGUAGACGCUAUCAAGAAAUCAGCAGAGUCAGAUAAACCAAUAUGGGAUUUACAAGCGCUUAAGGAGUUUUCACAAUCAGACAAAGGAGUAAAAUCAUCAGAACACUAA